GCUUGCAAUCUGACCGACUGUUCUAUGCGUUAACUUAACUCAGUCUUAGUUAAGUUACCGUCUGUGUCCAUAGCACUCUCCCGUUGGAGAAAUUCUUUUGUUCUUCGCCUCUUCUUCCACUCCUCUUUUCUCCUCCUAAUCUCCCCCUCCCCCCCAUAAUUUAAGGCGUAAGGCCCACCCCGUCCGUGCUAUCAUAUCCACUUCCAACACCCCCUGUUCCGCUAAAGACGCGCGCGCUCCCAAAUAACUCCCCUCCGAGCCUCUCAGCCUGUUGCGUUUCGCAUACUCCUUUUUUCCUUACUUCUCCCGCCAUACCGACCUUCCAGUUGCCACAGCUCUCUCGUAUCUCGCUCUUCCCCAACGCCCAUCGGAUCAACCGAACACUCUUAUCACAAUCAUCAAAAAUGUCAUCGGACUCGGAGCAAGAAUGGAAGCCCAGCGGUCGCCCUCAGUCGACCAUGGCACAGGCCUUUUCGACCGCGCUGGAUAGCGCCUUUUCUCUAGACACCGAUGUCAAUCAUCUCUCACAGACCAUUGACCAAAAGAAGCUGCAGAUGAUGAUCCAGACCCGCGAACUCGAACAACUUCAAGCCAAGAUCCGCGAAGCCGAAGAACGCCUCAAAGCUCGACAGUCGGUGAUUAUGGAGGCCAGAAACCCUGCAGCGCAAAGAGACGGUCGGUUCUACGGAGGCUCAGGUAAAUCGAGCCUCGCCGUUUGAUCUCGCCGAUAACAACAUCGCUAACCGCCAUCGCUGCUGAUCAGGAAACACGUCAGCGUCGUCGUCGCCCACCGAUUCAGCACAAUACUCCAGCGGCGAUGAACAGCUGCGACGCAGCCAAGGCCGCAGUUCAUAACGGCAUGUAGGCGGGCCAGCGUGGGCACAUUAGCAUAUAAUCUG